CUCCGAAAGCAAGUCGUCCAGGAAGUCCCGCACAAAACCAAGGCCAACAAUUCUCGCCAUCGAAUACCCGAACGCCAUACAUUCGUUCGCUCCAAAUUCGUGUCCAUUCUUCGACAAAACAACGUAGGAACCAUGGUGUCUGUCCAAGAUGCAACGAUUACGAAUGACAAUGAACACCAUGACGACUACGCAUUACCGACACCGCCCUCAAUUACGGAGACGUUGCCGCUGCCCGCCACUCCCAUCGUGACGUCGCGGGACAAAGCCUGGAUUCGUGGCGUCAAUGUUGGUGGUUGGUUAACAUUGGAACGCUACAUUGUCCCGUACCAGUUUGCCAUUACCUCGUGUCACUUACGGGGAGACUUUUGUUGGUACGCUGACGCCCUCGGCGCCCCACCCGUGACGCAUCCCGACUAUCAGCUCUGUAGCGACGUUCGGGAUACAUGCGAACCCGUCCAGGAACCCAACGUCUAUGGUAAUAUGGAUUAUCCCUUUGACGAGUACAAUUUGGGCGCCGCCUUUCCCGAUCCCCGGAUCGGAGCGCAGUGGCUCGAUUACCAUUUCCGUUACUUUCUCAGCCGCUCCGAUUUGGAGCGCCUCGUCGACGCCAAAGUCACGCACGUAAGAAUUCCUAUUCCACACUGGAUUAUGGGAGAUGUCCAAGACGGGGAGCCUUGGAUUGUGGGAUCUCGCUGGCGGUACUUUCUCCGUGCGCUCGGAUGGUGUCGCGAACUGGGAUUGAAGGUAUGGCCCGACAUUCACACGGCACCGGGCUCGCAGAAUGGGUUCGACAAUUCUGGGCAACAGCUGCCGGGCGUUUCGUGUCGGGGAUGGGCCGAUGAACCACACAACGUGGCGCGGUCGUUAAUGGUCAUUCGAGACGUUGUGGACGAGAUUGUGCGGGAAGGAUACGGGGACGUCGUGACCGGCUUUGGCCUUUUGAACGAACCCUUCAAGGACUGUCCCCGCGACGUGUACCUGGACUUUAUCGACCAAGGAUUGGAUAUCGUCCGGGAAGCCUUGGGGCCCGAAACAGCGGUCUACGUUUCCGAUCUUUUUUCCGCCAUGUCCUUCAAUGACGGCUCCUGGUGGCUAGAUCCAUCCCGGUACAACCAUACCUACCUCGAUAGCCACUACUACCACGUUUUUGCCGAACACCCCCGGGCUCUCAGCCCCCGUCAACACAUUGCCUACACUUGCCAGUCCGAAUAUCACGCCCGACUUUCCGAUUCCGGCAGUGCGAGUUGCUGUUACACGGACGCCCCCGUGUACAACGCCACACCUAGCGUGGACGGCGUCCAGCGAUUGAUUGGUGAGUGGAGCGCGGCCACGGACACCUUGCCCGUGGCGAUGCUGGACACGAUCAUGGCACACAUUGCCACGCACGGAACGGCGUUGCGUAUGAACCGUACGUUGUCAACGGCACGUCAAGAUUUCUUGCGCCACUUUGUUCACGCGCAAAUGGUCGCGUACGAAGCGGCCGACGUGGGCGUCGGCGCGGGCUGGUUCUACUGGACUUUGAAAAUGGAAGGCGGGGCCUUUGCGGAAUGGGACUUUUUGCGGGGUGUGGAGGAGGGGUGGAUCGUCCUGCCCGCCUCGCAUCACACGCCGGCGCAAGCAGAAUUCGGGACGUGCUACGAGAUAGUUUUUCAAACCGAUGACGAUCCGUCGAUUAUUGACGAAUUUCCACCACCGACGGACGAUGACGCGAACAAUUGGCAGGGUGUAGUUCUGGAUGACGAUGUGGUGGUCUCGCACGGGCAGAGUUUGUUGUCCGGUGGGGGUGGUCGCAAGCAAUACAACGAUAGCAUCAGCGAGAACGAUACGGCGGGAAGAGUGCCCACCAUUCCGUCGCACCAAACGCCGUCGCACUGGAUGCUGGGCACUGUCUUGCUUAUUCUACUGGUUGUGGGUGCCGGGUGGCGUUGGCAACGACAACGGUCGACGAAACAGGCCGACUACGAACAAAUCGAGGAAGUUGGCAUUACCGUCUAG